AUGGAGCCCUUUAAACCGGAGCCGGAGCUGCAGCGGUUUUACCACCGGUUGCUGCGUCCGCUGUCGCUCUUCCCCAGCAAGGAGACGCGCCCAGAGUCCCAGAAGCGCCUCCCGCAGGAGGUCCGGAUGCUACCUUCCCUACCCGUCUCGCGGCUGACCGUGGCAUCGGUGUGCCGCCAGGUGGCCAAGCGGCUGGCCAGCUGCGAGCCGGCGGAGCGGAUGCCGCCUGAGGGCCGACUGCGAUUCACAGAGGUCAUCCUGAACGAGCUAAAGUGCAGCUGGCAGGAACCUCCCACCGAACCUAGUCUGAGCCACUACAACAACCAGAGGCUGCGGAAGCGACUGCUGGUUUACGUGCUGCUCAGCUGCGAGCAGCUCCUCUUACGCUACCUGCACCUGCUGAAGACCAUGUCGACGUCCUCAUAUGUCUUCACGGAAUCCGCCACGCUCACCCGGUUGGCCGCUAGCCUCGCCAGGGACUGCACAGCCUUCCUCACCAGCCCUGAGGUCUACCGCGGCCUGCUCGCCGACUUCCGCGCCCUGCUGAAAAUAGAGCAGGCCCAGGGCAACAUAUACAAGCUGCGCCCCUUCGGAACCCCUGCGCCUUUCAAGCCACGGCCUCUUAGGCCUCACAGCGCCCGCUUCACCCAAAUGUCAGCUUGCAACCUCAACUUGACCUAUCUCAUCCAACUCAGCCGCUCGACAGAGUUUCUCAGCGAGCCUAGACCCGAUCCAGUGAAGGAAUUGAAGUCCAUCCCUGAGCUGAAGAGGAGAAAGCCUCUCCGCUGGCUCCCCGCCAUGAAAAAAAAGAGUGAAAGCUUCACUUCCUCACAGAUUGUGUCACUGCCCAGGUACUCGGUGGCUCUCACCAGCGGGUCUCUCCCCACGUCCCAUUUGCCUCUCUAUUCCCACCUCCAGAAGGGCCAGUCCAUGCUCUCUCUGCGUGAGGGCUGGAAGCUAGCAGAUGAAUUGGGCCUUCCUCCAAUCCUCCCUCGUCCCUUAACCCCGCUUGUCCUGUUUGCAGAGAGCAAACCAGAACUAGUAGAGGACAUGGUGGCUGAGGACCUGAAACAGAUAAUGAAGAACAUGAAAUUGGAGUGGACUCGCUGCUCACCAAUGGACUCAGGUGUGUGCCCGCUCCUGGGGGCCCUGACCCACCACCCAGGUGCAGCACGUCGCAUGGAAGAGCUUCAGAGAAUGUUGAAUGAGGAAGAAGCAGCCUCUGGGCAGUGGGGUCCCCAGUCCCCCAAAUCCCCUCCACUUCAUCCACAACCAGUGACUGUUACUUUGAAGCUAAGAAAUCAGGUCGUGGUCCAGGCAGCUGGUGUACAGGUCUCCGAGAGAAAGUUUUUGGAUUCCUUCCACGUUGAGCAGAUGGGAGCCCUAUACAACCACCUGACUGGUGAUCUGGAACCCAAAAUUAUCGAGGAAAUGGAUAUUGAUCGUUUUGUUGGUAAUAGCAUCAGAGAGGUCUACAAGGAGUUGAUGAGCCGUGUCUCUACUGACCACUUCUCUUUUGACCAGGGACCCCUGGUAGAGCCUGCAGCCAGUAAAGACUGGUCAAUGUUCCUGACCUCAGCCUUUCUGCGUCAAGAAAAACAGUAUUGUGUUAUCAACCCCAAGCUGGCUGGUCUUUAUUCCCAGAGAGUAAACACUUCACAGUCCAACACUGAUAGAAUGCCCUCCUUCACAUCACUCCAAGCAAGCAAAGGGUGGGAGGGGCAGUCAAACAAGACCUCAGGGAUAAACUGGUGGAAAACCGCCUUGUCUGUGAAUGACUACUUCAAAUACCUCACCAACCAGGAGACAGAUUUUCUCCAUGUCAUCUUCCAAAUGUAUGAAGAGGAAGUUCCUGUGGAGAUUGUGGCCCCUGCCAGAGAUUCCCUAAAGAUUCAGCAGCCACCUCCAUUGCUAGAAGACGAAGAGCCAGACUUUGUGCCAGGAGAGUGGGAUUGGAACACAGUGCUGGGGCACAGUCUAGAAACUAGGAGGACCAGCCUCCUGGGAGAACCCCACAAAAUCCUGAGCCUGCAGAAGCGUCUAGAGCGGUUGUGGUCCAUGCUUGAGGUUCCCAGGAAGGACCAGCUGGACAUGGCCAUCAAGUACAGCUCCAACGCCCGUCUGAGGCAGCUGCCUUCAUUGCUGAGUGCCUGGGAGCGGACCCUGCAGCCCAUUCAGCUUCGGGAGAUGUUGCUGGGGAAACUGGAGUGGUUUGAGCGACAGGCCUCUGACCCCAACCGUUUCUUCCAAAAGACUGGCGUGGAUCUGAGUCAUUUCCUGGAGGAGAAUCAGAUCCGAAACAGUCUACACAAGAAGCUUAAUCUAAUAGAGGCUCGAUUGGUUUUGCUCCUGGAGAAGAUUGAGUUGAUCUUUGGUGAGCCAGUGACAUUCAAGGGGCGGCGCUACCUGGACAAGAUGAAAUAUGAUAAAGUGGAGAUGCUAUAUUGGCUGCAGCAGGGGCGGCGGUUGCACCACCUAGUCAACACCCAGAAGGCCUCGCACCAGUCAGCCAUCUUCAAGAGACUCAGCAACCAGCCUUUAAUAGCCCCUGGGAAUACUCCUAGACCAAGUGCCCUCUAG